AUGUGUAGAACCUUGAAAGAUCUCGUUAAUAACAAACACGUACACAUUGGUUAUAUGUCUUUACAAAUUAAUAGCUGUGACACUGUAGAAAAUAAAUUGAACAACUAUUUUAUCAAGAGUGUAACUGAUAUAGUAAGCACCAUACCUUCAAGUAAUCAGGAAGCUAUAACGACAGCAGGGCCUUUAGAAGAGGAUUUUUGGAGGUUUAAAGAAAUUUCAUUUAACAAGCUACGCAAAACUGUUUUUCAAUUGAAGAAAAAAUCUACGGGUGAUGAAGCACUUACAUGCAGUUUGGUGAAGCAAUUGAUUGAUGUAAUUGGCUACCCCCUUUUGAAUAUUGUAAAUACACCGUUCAGAACAGGAAAGACGCCUUCGUUGUUGAAGAGGAGUAUUAUAGUCCCAGUACCCAAAACAAAUAAUCCACGUAAGCCUGAAGACUUGCGACCCAUCAAUCUUAUGCCAGUCAUCGAGAAAGUUAUAGAAAUACAGUGCAUGAACAGCUGA